AUCGCAUAAGCUGUGUGAGUUUUUAACCCGGAUUAUUACUUCACCUGAUUUAUGAGACCAGAGGUGACGACAGAAGAGUCGAACUAAAUUGGACGAUCGCUGAUAAUUCCUACUCAAACAGGAUGUACAAUUGAAAUAAAUUUAAUUAAGACGUUAAUCCUAAAAAAGUAAUAUCUUAUGCAAAAAGACAUAUUAUGACAUUUACGGACAACACGAGAACAUGGAUUUAAUUACUUGUAAUUGAUAGCAGAUAGUACGAGAACGACUUUCUUUAUAGAGGGGAACAUGUGGCGGCAACGAAAGAUAUUGUAAGAAUUACACUGUGUGUGACGAUACCACCUGAGUGUUCUGAGUAUCGUGUAAUAGACACACAACACAAUAACGUAUUGACUUUAUAUCGAUGUGGGAGUUUCAUUGUUAAACUUUGUAAAGUUAUUAUUCAAUAUUCAGAGUGAGACUAGUAAAUGUUUAUUUAUCAGGCUUUGGAGUUGAAUUCAUGAUUACUACACGAUUCAGUCCGCCAUGCCUGGAUGACAAUCUAUACUUAGCUCUCAGCUUCUAAGACGAUAACAUUCUUAACCAGUAACAAUCUUAUCACCAUGAAAAACAUUGCAAGCAGGAAACCAAUGAACAUUGUCCCUCGAUAUAGUCUCCAUCAGACUUAGAAAGGAUAAAUUAGACUGUUGCUGCUGUACAAAGGCAAAUAAUUGUGUAAAUGCCAAUGCUUCAUUACCAAAACGAUGGGCGACAAUGCAACGAUUCUGCGAGCGACAUUGAUAAAUGUACUCUCUGAGGAGACAACCAAUCCAACAUCAAUGAUAACAGCGACAUCACAAAAUGAACGCGAUCAGCAGUAUGAUCGAUUGACUACUCCGGAUUAUCUCGGAACUAUCCGAGUGUUUGAUGAACCUGAAAGCGUAUUCAAUGUCUCAAUUAAUGGCUCUAUACUGAGAGAAAUCUUCGGAGCAGACAAUAUCACAGCCUGCUGUCAUAAUAGUAGCCAGAACAACACAAACUUUUCCAACGAGAUUGUCAAGCCUUGGGCACUUUUGUUGUGCAUCUUUCCAAUGCUGACAGUGUUUGGUAACAUUCUGGUGGUGCAGAGUGUUUACUACGAUAAGAAUCUCCGGAAUGUCACAAACUACUUCAUUGUAUCUCUUGCAGUUGCUGACAUCUGUGUGGCUGUCCUUGUCAUGCCCCUUGCAGUUUAUGUAGAGGUUGUUGGUGUUUGGACCUUCAGCAAUGAGCUAUGCGACGCCUGGGUUUCCCUCGAUGUCUUGUUUAGUACCGCGUCUAUUCUUAAUCUAGCCGCAAUCAGCGUGGACAGAUUCAUCGCGGUAACACAACCUAUAAAGUACGUACAACAUCAAACAGCAAAACGAGUAUGGAUAACUUUGCUGUUGGUUUGGAUUAUAUCAAUAUGUAUAGCGUCCCCUAUAGCGUUCGGUAUGAACUAUAGCAAAGACAGACGGGACGAUAGCUGCUCAUUUUACAAUUCUGAUUUCAUUAUUUAUUCUUCCUUGGGCUCAUUUUAUAUCCCAGCUAUAAUAAUGGUGAUUCUUUACGCACGGAUAUUCAGAGUGAUUAGACUUCGAAGUCAACGAAUAGCUAGAAAAAUAAGGGGUGAGGUAAAGAACAGUCCCCCUGAAGUAAAGGUAGAUGGUUCGGAGAAGAAUGGACUUGGGGCGAGUCAUCAUUCACUGCUGUCGAUGGCGAACCCUUCUCCGUGUCCAUCGCCAUCCACGGACAGGCGUGGUGGAAUAAACAACAAUAUAUCCACAAGUAGUGGUAGUAAUGAACCAAGCCCAAAGAUAACUCCAAAAUGGCAGCUUUCAGAAGCUAAAAACUUCUUAGAAUUUCCAAGUCUAGGCAACGAGGCUUCGCUAAGGAACGCUGUAUCAGAAGUGAACUUGUGUAGUUGUGGUGACGGUAAUAGCCCCGUGUGGGUUCGCCGUAAUAAAGGGGUGCACUUUGGAACUAGUAAAAUCCAAUCAUUUGAUAACAAAUCUUACGAUUUAUCACCCAUUGAUCCUCGGUUAGGAUUAAAUGAACUUAGCUCAACAGGUCUAUCAAUUCCCAAAAGCAAUGGAAUUUUGACGAAUGGACAUUUAAAGGCACCAGAAAAUACUAUUAACCGAACUACGUCAUUAUCGCGACUGUCUUUCUUUCCUAAGCUUCCAAAGAAGAAACGGAAUAACGAGAAAGCAAAAUACAGAAAGGAAAAGGCCGCUCAAAGAAAGGAGAGAAAAGCAACAAAAACACUGGCCAUUGUCUUAGGUGUGUUUCUGCUGUGCUGGGUGCCGUUCUUCACGUACAAUAACGUCAAUGCCGUGUGCAUUCGCUACGAACUACACGAGAAACCGGAAUGUCAAAUAGACUUGCACCUCUUUAGCUUUUUCACCUGGCUUGGUUAUAUUAACAGCUUUCUUAAUCCUAUGAUUUAUACCAUAUUUAACACGGAGUUCAGGAAAGCGUUCCGACAUCUCAUCAGAAAACCGUGUUCACACAUCAGGUAACCAUGGUAACUUAAGUGACCCGUUAAGUAAAACAAGUAACUUGACAUGAGUGUGAACUGCAAAUGAAGGAAUUAUAGAUUCACGAAAUGGCCAAAACAGAAGGUCAACCGAUCCUGAUAAUUCAAAAAGCCGGUAGCGAAAGUGGAUCUCGUUACAAUAUUGGAAAUUCCUGAUAAUUCUUUGAAUUGGUGGGAAUUCAAAAGAAAAAUCUUGAAUUUAUUAAAUUGUAAUCUGUAUCAAAUUGAGUUCAUGAAUUGAGCCCACGAGUGGGGCGUGGGGAGUCGACGAUACCAUAUCAAGUAAAUAUUUGAAAUAUGUGGAGUGAUUUCAUACUUACUGUGAUAGAACCGAGCUGAAAUGUUAACUCUCAACACCAACGUAUGACAAUAAAAAGGGCGAUCAUUUCGGAAGUUUUCAUUGAAAAAAUGUUACAUUCUACUAGAAUACUUUUAACGUCAAA